AUGGCUACCCCUAGUGUCCUAGCUUUUGACGCUGAGGGUCGCGCCAUUGAUUUUGAGGUCUGGUUAGACGACCUGCAGCUGUUCUUACAGUGCGACAGGGCUGACGACCUUUCUCUCUUUGACCUCACCUCUGGCGCCUCUCCUGCCCCUGCUGCUGAUGCUGAUUCCGCUGUCCGCUCUAAUCAGUACAAGAGUGCUCAGACCUUGUACGACGCUGUAGUUGCGCGCUACUCCUCCCCUGCCACUGCCGCACUGAGCCGUCUCAUGCUUCCCUACCUCUUUCCUGACCUCUCUGCCUUUCCCACUGUCGCUGACCUCAUUACGCACCUCCGCACUAGUGACACUCGCUACCCGCGCCGCCCUUACCUGCUGAGUUCUGCGCUAAGAACCCACCCCCCCAUGUACAUCGCUCUCUACUACGUAGUCGCACGCCUCCCUGACUCCCUUCGCGUCGUCAGGGACCACUUUCUCGCAGUCUGUCCCACCACUCUCACCGUCGACCUCCUCGAGAAGGCCCUCCUUGCAGCGGAAGAAGAGCAUAGGCGCGGGUGGAGCUGGAGGGGCGGUGGCGGUGGCGGCGGUGGCUGCGGAGGGAGUGGGGGUGGCGGCGGGACUAGUGGCGGGGGUGGUGGUGGUGGUGGCGGCAGCAGCGGCGGAGACGGUGGUAGUGGUGCCAGCGGUGGUGGUGGAGGCAGCGGCGGAGGGGAGGCGGCGGAGGUGGAGGCAGUGGAGGCGGCAGCGGAGGAGGCAGUAGUGGUGGAGGAGGUGGAGCGGGUCGGGGUGGUACCCAGCAGCGUAGCGGCGGUGGUGGUGGCCAGCGCUCGCACCGCAGCAGCAGCAGCGCUCGCGGGACAUCCCUUCGCCUCAGCAGCUUCCCCGACCCGGGGCAUUGGUACUGCUGCGCUAGGUGCUUGUGAGGCUGCUGCUCUAGGUGCCAGUGCGUCUGCGCUCUCAGGUACUGGUGAGACUGCGCUCUCAGACCGCACUACCCUUUCGCCGCUCGCCAGGCCGGUUGCGGUCUCCCUUGCUGACCCCUCUGGGGGUCCUGUCCUGUCUCACUUCUCCACUGUCCUCCCCUGUCCGCUGCCCCUUCGGGCACCCUGUCGGGUGGCUGCGUCGGGUCAGGUACUUGCUGCUGCGUCCCGGUCAGGUCCUGAGUCUGCCCCCUGUUCUUGUCGCCUCCUGUCUCACGAGACUCUCCUGUGGCACCACCGUCUUGGCCACCCCUCCUUGCCCCGUCUUCGGAGCAUGGCUUCCCGUGUCCUUGUCUCUGGUCUUCCCCAGUCUCUCCCUCCUCUCCCCUCCGGGCCAAGACCUUCCUGUGUCCCCUGUGUCGAGGGUCGCCUCCGGGCUACUCCUCACUCCUCCCACUUCCCCCCGACAGAGGCUCCCCUGCAGACGCUUCACAUGGAUGUGUGGGGCCCAGCCCCCGUCCGUGGGCAGGGUUACGAGCGCUACUUCCUGUUGGUGGUUGACGACUACUCGCGUUACACCACAGUCCUCCCCUUGCGCAGCAAGGGUGCGGUCACUGAGAGGCGGAGAGUUCUCUUCUCGCCUUCUGCGAGACUACUGUCGUGCACGGGGGAUCCGCCAGACCUUCACGCUUCCGACUCACCACAGCAAAAUGGGAUUGCUGAGCGCCGCAUUGGCAUGGUCAUGGAUGUCGCUCGUACGUCCAUGAUGCGCGGCUGCCCCCCAUUUUCUGUGGCCGUUUGCGGUGAGGUACGCGGCGCAUCAGCUCAACCUUCAUCCCCGGGUCUCUCGGCCAGCGAUGUCCCCAGCCUUGCUGUGGACGGGAAGGUUGGCGAUGCGUCUGUGUUCCGUGUCUGGGGAUCUCGGGCGUUUGUCCGCGACUUGUCUGCGGACAAACUGUCCCCUCGUGCUGCUCCCUGUGUCUUCCUUGGCUUCCCCACUGACGCCCCAGGGUGGCAGUUUAACCACCCCUCCUCUCGUCGUGUUCUGUCCUCCCAGGACGUCACGUUCGACGAGUCAGUCCCCUUCUACCGUCUCUUCCCCUACCGCACUCCUUCCCUCCCCCCUCCCCCGGACUUCCUUGUGCCGGUUCCCCCCCCCGUAGACCCCCUCCCCCCUCAGGUUCCUGCCCCCUCAGGUGUGUCCCAGGUAGACGCCGUUGACCCGGUCGAGUUACUGCCUGGGGGUGCUACUACUGGGGGUACUGGGCCUGAGGGUGCUACUGCGGAGGGUGCGGAGCCUGGGGGUGCUGAGCCGGGGGGUGCUGUGCCUGGAGGUGCUGGUCUGGAGGUGCUGGGUCGGGAGCUGCUGAGCCUGGGGAGCUGCGCGAGUGGUUCGCUCGCCGCUGGAGGCGUGCUGCUGAGUCUGGAGGUGCUGCUGGAGCUGGAGCUGGAGCUUCUUCGACCGUCGAGGGUGCGGGUGCAGCCGGUCCCGGAGCUGCUGGCCCUGUGGGUCCUCCUGGAGCUGGAGCUGCUGAGGGCGUUCGUGCUGAGCCUGCUGCUGUUGGUCCUGCCGCUGGAGGUGUGGGUGGCGCUGGUGCUGUCGCUGAGGGUGCUGGUACUGUCCCUGCUGAGUCUGGAGCUGCCGCGCGCGCCUCGGCCGUACUUCGUUCCGCUCCUUCAGCAGGUUCUUGGUCUUUCUCCUCCAGUAGAGGGUCCACCGCCGGUCCAGUCGCAGCCCCUACUGGAGCCUUCCUCUCCACUACCUGCUCCCUCUCCUUACACUGGUCCUACUGGAGGUCUUGCUGAGCGUCGUGAGCCUGCGUCUCGUCCCGCGUCGCCUGUCCGUGCUGCUCGCGCUAGUGGUCGCAGUUCGCGUCAGCGUCCUCCUCCUGUCCCUGGCACGCACCGAUGUCUUUACUCGGACUCUCUUCGUGCUGCCAGUCCCACUGUCACGCGUCUGCUUGCUACUGUCGUCACUGACCCCUCUUUUGAGUCCACUGCUGCGUCUGCUCUAGUCGCUGAGCUCGUCGACUUUGCUGCUCGCUGUCGUCUCGACUACGCUGCUAGUCUUGUUGCUGAGUCUGCGUCUGUCUGUCCUCCGUCCGUCGGGGGUGAGUGUGCUCUUGGCACGGACGUCCUAGAGGACAGGCAGGAGGAGUUACUGUGUCUAGCGCUGCUUGCUUCACCUCAUCUCGCGUCUGUACUGCUUGCCCCUGAGGAGACCCCGGAUGCACUAGACAUCCCGACUCCGCGUUCUUACGCGGAGGCCGUAGAGGGUCCCUACUCCUCUCAGUGGCAGGCAGCUAUGGAUGCAGAGAUGGCUUCCUGGAAGUCCACAGGCACCUACGUUGACGCGGUUCCCCCUCCUGGGGCGAACAUCGUCAGUGGCAUGUGGAUCUUCAGGGUGAAGCGGCCGCCGGGCUCUCCACCUGUCUUCAAGGCACGGUACGUUGCUCGUGGCUUUCAGUCAGCGGCAGGGAGUUGA